AUGAAAAAUAUUUCCAUAUGCUUCCUUCUCCUCGUUUGCGUGGCUUCGCCGCAAGCAAAUGCGUCACAAGAGGCUCGUCUGAGAGAAUUCAUCCUAUCGAGAAGGAGCAGCAGUGCCUUCAGUGCACACGUGCCAGCCUUCAGGAUCAGUAGAAGCCUCCGAGCAGAGUACUCUGGCACUGACCAGAGCACUCUGAAGGCGGCUGACAAGAUCACGGCGCUCCCCGGCCAGCCGGAGGGCGUCGGCUUCAACCAGUACAGCGGGUACGUGACCGUCGACGAGAAGAACGGCCGUGCACUCUUCUACUACUUCGUCGAAGCGACGAACGAUGCGGCGACGAAGCCGCUACUCCUGUGGCUUAACGGAGGUCCUGGAUGCUCAUCACUGGGCUAUGGAGCAAUGAUAGAACUCGGCCCAUUCCGCAUAAACAGCGACAACAAAACGCUCAGCAGAAAUGAGAACGCCUGGAACAACGAGGCCAACGUCCUCUUCCUGGAGUCACCUGCUGGUGUUGGAUUUUCCUACUCCAACACAUCUGCUGACUACAAUAAGAGCGGUGACCAAAGGACUGCGGACGACGCAUUCGUCUUCUUCAUCAAUUGGAUGGAGAGGUUCCCUGAGUACAAAGGACGUGCUUUUUACAUCUCCGGGGAGAGCUAUGCCGGGCAUUAUGUUCCGCAGCUCGCAACAGUCAUCCUUAAUCACAAUAUAAAUAAUAAAAGUAAUAUCAUAAAUCUAAAGGCUAUAUUGGUUGGCAAUGCAUACCUUGACGAUAACAAGAACACAAAGGGGCAAAUUGACUACCUGUGGAGCCAUGGAGUGAUAUCAGAUGAGGUGUGGUCUAACAUUACCAGGAGCUGCAAAUUCAGUCCUUCGGAUAGUAAUGCAUGCUCCGAUGCUAUGGCUUCAUAUGAUUCUGGAUACAUUAGUGGGUACAACAUAUACGCUCCUGUAUGCAUCAACGAACCCAAUGGAAACUACUACCCCAGCAGCUAUGUUCCGGGAAUUGAUCCAUGCAGCAACUACUAUAUCCAUGCUUACUUAAACAAUCCGAUGGUGCAAAAGGCUUUCCAUGCUAGAACGACAAAGUGGUCAGGCUGCACAGUUUUGCACUGGAAAGAUGCUCCAGUGUCCAUGAUGCCGACCAUAAAAUGGCUUCUGAAACACGGACUGCCGGUGUGGCUAUACAGUGGCGACUUUGAUGCCAUCUGCCCGCUCACUGCGACAAGGUACUCCAUCAUUGACCUCGAUCUCUCGGUCAUGGAGCCAUGGCGCCCUUGGACAACCAACAAAGAGGUUGGAGGCUAUGUUCAGCAGUACACGGGAGGUCUUGUGCUUGUUUCAGUGAGGGGAGCUGGCCAUCAAGUUCCUUAUUUCCAGCCUGAGAGAGCACUAAUACUCGUCAGCUCCUUCUUGAAAGGAACACUCCCGCCUUAUGUAACGGAGCAGUAA